AUGGGAGCGAAACAAACCAAAGGCGCACAAGAGGCUGGUCCAAGUCCUCAGCACGGAGGAUGGAGGCGGACACCGACGAAGGAACGAGGCGACAUAUUUGCCUCGUUUAUGUUGAGGUCAGGGGACCGCUUGAGCCGUGGCGGGACCCCUCCUCCCUACCAGCGACGCGUAGGAAUGAUCCAGGAGAUGAUGCACAUGGCAAAACAAGGGAAACAGGACGAAGCCACGGAGAUGUUAAAGACACUUCGACAGGACCUGGGAAUGGAGUCGACCUCUCUGGAUGAUGUUCUCUAUCGUUACGCCAGUUUCCGCAACCUCGUGGAUCCCAUCACACAUGACCUCAUCAUCAGCCUGGCCAGAUACAUCCACUGCCCCAAGACGGAGGGGGAUGCUCUGGGUGCUAUGGAGAAAGUAUGCAGGCAGCUGACUUACCACUUGAGCCCACAUUCACAGUGGAGAAGACAGGGCCUACUGAAGAGGAAGCCACAGGCCUGUCUGAAAGCUGUUCUCUCUGGUCCUCCUGCGGGCGGAGCCUUAGACCUUUCUGGAAUCCCAUUGGGUGUGAGGGACAUGGAGCGUUUGUGUGCCUACCUGCAGCGCCACGCAUCUCGUAUCUGCAGCCUGGAGCUUGGCUUCACUGAGCUAACCGACGAGGCCUUUCUGCUCCUGCUGCCCACACUGGCGGCUCUUCCUUGCCUGGAGACACUGGCGCUCAACGGUAACCGGCUGACGCGUGCCGUACUCAAAGAACUUACAGACACGCUCAAGGACCCCGACAGCUUCCCUAGCGUCACCUGGAUUGACCUGGGAAACAAUGUGGACAUCUUCUCUCUCCCACAGCCUUUCCUGGUAAGCUUACGCAAGCGCUGCCCAAAGCAGGGUAACUUACCCACAAUCCUCGAGUUUGGCGAGAGCCAAGCCAGCGAACCAGAAGGCCGCCUGGAGGAAGAGGAUGAAGCAGAUGACACAAACAGGACAGAGAGCACGGGAGAGCUUCGCUCCGAGGUUGAAGGAGAGAUGGACGGAGAGAUGGAGAUUGAGGAGAUGAUGGAGGAGCUGCUGGACUUUGACAGGGAAAUACAGGGCAAGGAUGAGUUGGAGGAGGACAGCCUGUGGACCUUGGAGGAGCAGAGGAAUGUAAGAGCACAGUACAGAGAACAGACAAAAUCCAAGAUGGCAAUGAAGGCAGAAGGUGAAGAUGACACCCAGAGUCAGUCUUCACAGCUGUCCUGUUCCAGUCAGUCCCAUCACUCCUCUGGAGCUUUUGAAGAACCUCUCGGAGACGAGACCGUGGAACAGAUAUCACGACAUUCAGACAACAUGACCUGA